CAUGCGUUGGAUUUCUUGCCAAAAAGCUGGAGCAUAGAACGGAAGGCCGGAGUAAAUUUUCAGAUUUGAAAAAAAAACUUAAAAGUACUAUUUUGCAAAACUGUUCUCCUCAAAUCCAGAGUUGAAAUUAAUUUAAAUCAACGGCCACAACGCUAAAUAUAACAACGAGAAAACAAUACAAAUAAACAAACCAAUCUGCAGAGAAAAUAACACCAAGAACUUCAUAAAAAGGAAAGAAAAGAAAAAAAGACGAGAAAAGCCCCAAAAUGCUUAAUAAUAAAAAGGAACUUUUAGUAAUUGACCCACCUAAUGAAUUGCGAUUCCGUGGGCCAUUUACGAAACCAGUUAUCUCUGUAAUGAAACUGACUAAUCCAACAGAAGAUUUAGUUCUUUUCAAAAUCAAAACAACAGCUCCAAAAAAAUAUUGUGUUCGUCCAAACUUUGGCCAUGUUACGCCACACACUACUAUUAGAGUUGAAAUUUGUUUACAGGCAUUUGUUUACGAUCCAAAUGAAAAGAACAAACAUAAGUUCAUGGUUCAGAGCUUAGUCGUUCCGGAGGGUGUUGAUGACUUUGGAAAACUGUGGAAAGAGGUUGAACCUGACAACUUGAUGGACGCUAAACUAAAGUGUGUAUUUGAAAUGCCAGCCGAGGCAUCAGAAGCAGAUAAUUCUGCAGCUCCAAAAGAAGUGGUGACUAACGAAGCAUCACCUAUUCCAGCAAGUGAGGAGAAGCAAAAUGAUAAUAAGACAGAACAACUCUUAUCAGAAAUAAGGCAACUUAAAAAUGAAGGAAGUGAAUUAAGGGAAGAAAAUCUUACUCUUAAGAAUCAUCUUAUGCGCAUAAAAUACACAACGUCGCAGCAAAGAAUGGACGAACCAUAUUCACCGACGGUGGAGAAACAAAUUCCAUUGUUUUACAUAGCGCUCUCCAUUGUAACAGCAAUCUUUGGCAUAUUUCUGGGCAAAUAUUUGCUCUGAAUCAAUGGAGUUAAAAUUUUAUGUUAUUAUCAAUGAGUAAAAGAAAAAUUAAAACAACAUACAAACAAAAAAAAAACUACAAAAAAAUAAUUAAUACCUAUCAAAAAUAAAAAAAAAGUAAAUGAAUGCCUAAAAAUACAUAAUUUUUAGACAAACACAACAGCAACAACAAAUCAAUUCAAAACAGUGAUGAAAAUAAAAAAAUAAAAUUCAACUGAAUAAAAUAAAAAGAAAACCAUCUAUUUAGAUUAUAAUUCAAAAUACAACAAAUCCAGUGAUUGAGUUCUUCAUAAAAAUAGCUUAAGAAAAGAAAGAAUAAAAACAAAACAAAAGAAUACACAAAAUGCUAUUAAGAUACAACUUAUGGCUAAUUAUUUCAUAAAAUCACAGAAAUCGAUUAAUAACUCUAAAGAUGGAUGGCUUAAAUAACAGGAGGUGAUGGGAAACCUUUUUUUUUUAUUUUCUUUGAAAAUAUCUUCACAUCUUGAUGGUUUGUUUUGUAUGCUUUUUGUUUUUAAAAAUGCCUUUUUAGUUUAAGAUAAUAAUUUAGACGAAGAAAACAAAAAAAAAGUAAUUAUAAUAUGAUAUAUCCUUUGUUUUGUUGCUGUCUACGAGUUGAAGGCUUAAAGAAAAAUUAUAAUUUGUUUUAAAUAAAUGAAUAAACUAUUGCAUUACAUUGCUUUGAAGUAA